AUGCCCUCCCCCAUGCCCUCUACCGUGCCCUCUACCAUGCCCUCCCCCAUGCCCUCUACCAUGCCCUCCCCCAUGCCCUCUACCAUGCCCUCCCCCAUGCCCUCUACCAUGCCCUCCCCCAUGCCCUCCUCUACACUACACCCCCCUCCACCACAACUUUUUGCCCUUCAAUUCUCCCACGUGUUGCCUCUCCCAUGGCUAAUCCGCGUGGGACUGGUGGCGUCGGUGGUGGACGGACAGAGGGUUAUCUGGCUGCCCACGGGAUGCCUGCGUCUACUGGAGGCCAUGUACACUGCGCGCCCCAACGCCACUGUCAUCGCUGCUGACUUCUCCGUGCUACCUGACGUGCAAAUCCCAGGCGCCAACGCCCCCCUCGUUGCUGCUAAGCCAACGACCCCAGCGCCGUUCCGCUUCAACUCGCUUGACAGUGCCAACAUCUCCAUCUCUAGCCGCUCAGUUCGUCAUUUUCCUCCCCCACCUCUAGCCGCCAACGCCAUGGCCGCCGAGUACCCUCCUCCUGAAAGCAACCCGUCGACAAACUACGCGCCGCCGCCAGCAUACCCACCGACGGGCGCUAACCCUCCUCCGUCUGCGGGGUACGACGUCGAGGCCGGCGGCGGCGCGGGCAAGCCGCCCGCCGCGACCGGCGGCUCAACGGGGUCGUCGAGGAUGUCAACAUUCAUCGGCAUCGGGCUGCGCAUCGCCGAGCUGCUCCUCUGCAUGAUCUCUUUUCACCAAAAAUAUGGGCGCGUACCUGCUCGCAGCGACGCGUUGCCUUCCUCCAGUUCACCCUCCCUUUCCACCCCCUUCCUCUUUUCUCCUCCUUUCCCUUUCCUUCAACGUUUUGCUCGCAGCCUGCUCGUGUCGACCAAGUACGACUACACGAAGCUCAGCGCGGGCGCGUUCCUCCUGGCCAUGACCAUCAUCGGGUUCAUCCUUGCCUUCUUCCUCCUCGUGCUCCUCGUCGCGUCGCUCUUCGUCUCCGCGCUCCGCCCCUUCCAGGGCAAGCUGCGCCUCUUCCAAGUUGUCGAGUGCUGGCUGCUUUCGCUGCUCCUCUUCGCGGCGGCGUGCACGGCGGGCGCGCAGGCGUCGAGCUGCGUCAACACAGAGGGAGGCAGCUACUUCGGCUACUACAUUCCUGACAACAAUGACUGCGGGCUGGUCAAGGGAUCUGUCGCCAUGGCCUUCCUCGCCUCCUUUGCCUACAUUGGCGGCUUCUGGUACUACGCACUCGUGUCAUAUCACAGGCGAUAA